CGCAGUUUUGUUCCUGCCACCAUAUCAGUAACAACCAUUGUUCUCCGGCUCUAUAAAUUAUUCGACAUGGCCGUCCUAAUAUUUAUCGGAGCCCCCCCACCACCUUACACUAGAAUGGCGACGCGUUCGUUUACUUCACGGCGUCGGAGUGAACGAAUCCAGGGAAUCCAGGCGCGCCAGUCUCGCGACGACGAUUCACCGUUACCAGACCCAGUGCCCUCCACGCCUCCCAACAGUAACAACUUUCCCUCUAACGAUGACGAGCGGCGGCUGGAUUCCUCCUCUGAUGACGAUCUCCCUCCGUUCCGGGUACCCAUGUCCAACAAACUCCAGAAUACCCCAUACGGCCAUGGAAGCGCGAGCCACUCGGUGAUCGAAUUGCAGACGCAGGACGGCCAGAACCACAAAGUCGUUGAAGCAGAUGCCUAUCUCAGGGAGGACCUUCGUCAUCGCGUCUUUGUCGAUUUCGAGACCUUUCUUAUCAACAUUCUACUUCUUCCCAACGACUGGCGUGUCUCCCUCAAGCUGCCCAUUGAUGCUGUGAAGAAAGACAAAGCCUUUCAACGACUAUUCCAGGAGUACAUGCGCCUAUGUGACACAGUUGGAACGGGCUAUGAGAAGGAGAGGAGUCUGUAUACUCCUCAUGCAGACCUAUGCAAUCGUGUCAUUGACGUGGUUCGACCCAAAUCCAAAAAUCGACUUUCGAAGAAGGAUCUCAUUCAGUUUCACCGUAUGGACCCUUGUGUUGUCCGAGGGUCAACCGACAAGGUUUCCCCUGACAUUGUGGGCAUGCUGCGUGCCAUCUUCAACAAGUCCAAGAACGCUGCAGCUCGGGAUUUUGUCAAAAGCAUCGGCAAAGCGAACUUCAAAUCAAAGCCUUCAAACGCCAAGUUCAUUCCUGGGUGGCCUCAUAUCAUUGAGGUCAAAGAGAUGAAAGCUACUGAUGAUACCAUCGACGAAGGUUAUGAUGCGAUCAGACUAUUGACUAAAGAUGGCAAGGAUCCCUUGACGACGAGACCGCAGAAGAAACGUAAAUACGCAAAAGAUGGACCCGAGGUUGCCGCUUCGGCUGGUCCGCCCUUUGCACAGGAAAGUGAGACUUCACAGGGUGCUUCCCGAGGACGAAAGCGCAAAGCGGACCCUAACAACGAGCAAUCUUCGUCAAAAUAUUCUCGGGUAGCAAAAACAGUAUCCUCCAAGGGGAAAUUGGCCACCAGCAGGGACCAGAAAGUCCUCGAUGAAGAUGGCUUCGCGCCAGGGACGGAUAGGGCAGAAAAAGCUCGCAUUCAGUGUGCGCGCUAUGCUCUGCAGAUACUGUCAAACGCCGGACUGAGAUCCCACGCAAUCAUAACUCUCAUCGACCGCGACCGCAUGCAGCUCUCCUACUACGAUCGAUCCAUCAUCAUUGUUUCCCAAGCCAUUGACCUUGCAAACGAAGACGAUAAAACGCUUUUCAUCGCCAUGUUGAUAGGAUCUCACCGUCUUACGCUCAAACAACGUGGUAUCCUUCACCAUAUCAUCGAAGACCCGUAUAUCACUGAUUUCGAUCGAUUCAACGAUGAUUCGAAAGAUCCGACGAUGCUGUUCUCUGGCCUCAUCAUGCACCUUCAGAGGGAAGGCGAGCCCAUCAAGCUUACGUUGGGCAAAACUGUCUAUCGUCAGCGAGGUCUUGUUGGCCGUGAUACGUUUGUCGUCCAUGCGACAUGUGCUUCAUGGCCUGGCAGGAAGUUGGUUGUUAAAAUCAGCUGGCCGAGUGCCACGCGGAUGUCGGAAAAGGUGUUACUCGACAUCGCCAAGGCGAAAGCCGCCGAGUUGGCUGGCGAAGGCAAGAAGCACUGGGUUCUAGAUCACCUUCCGGAUAUACUCCAUGAGCAAGACUUCGAGUUCGAUGAAGAGUCGGCGCAAAAGCUGAUCGCAAGAAUGAUGAAGGGCAAGUUUGUCGGAAAAGAGGGCAUAUACGAAGAACGUGUUCUUCGUAUUACCGUUUUGGAAGAGCUGUUUCCGAUCACAAGUCUUCGCAAGGAUAGCGACUAUGCACAAGUGUUUGUGGAUAUACUCCAAUGUCACAAGUGGCUUUACGACCAUCCUCGGAUACUUCAUCGAGACAUCAGCAUGGCCAAUUUGAUGUAUCGGAUCGACAGCGAGGGGAAUGUCGUCGGAGUCCUGAACGACUUUGAUCUUUCGUCGUUACUUCCCAUCGACAAAGCCACGUCCUUCCGUCGCACGGGUACGCCACCUUACAUGGCUCUCGAUCUUCUUGCAGAACAAGAUGAUUCUGGUCCACAUCUUUACCGACACGAUUUGGAGGCGCUAUUCUAUGUUAUGUUGAUGAUAUGUUGUCGCCACUCCAUCAUCAAAGAACACCAGCCCCGCGGCGCGUCGCAACUAGAGGAAAUUCCCGAAAGAUUUUCCCAGUGGUUUGACCGGGGGAUGUCUUGGGAUAUCUUGAGCGAGUUGAAGACAUCUUUCUUCAGCAAAAAACCGCUCAUUCCUGUAUCUGAAAGCUUCAAAGCCUUCCGACCCUGGCUUGAACGGAUUCACUAUGCAUUUUCAGACGGCCUCAGCGCGCGCCGCCAAUCGGAGCGGACUGUCCAGGUGGACCAGAGCGAAAAGGAUGAAUUCGAUUUCGACAAUACUCAACCGUCCUCCGUGUCUGCACCACUGCAGGAGCUAUCACAAACACCAUUUAAUGAAGAGACCCUAGGUGGAUUUAUAUCAUAUGGGAUGUUCCUCACCAACAUGAGGAGAUUCAAAGGGAAAGGGCUCACUUUGAAGAACAAGGAGCCCCCCGCAGUGGCGUCUUCGUAGAUGAUACCGUUAAUUCAAUCGUUGUACUUGUGACCUCACUAUUAAAGACCAAUUCUUUUUGUAUUGGUUACGGUUCACCAGAUAUGAGUGUGGG